GAUCAUUUACGUCAUCACGUCUCGAACGUGCUCCGCCCUACAGAGGACAGGCGUUUCCGCAAAGAUGGUGGUCGGUGCCUUUCCAAUCGCCAAGCUCCUCUACCUCGGAGUGAGGCAGAUGAGUAAACCUGUGGCGAACCGAAUAAAAGCAGGAGCCCGGAGGAGCGAGUUCUUUAAAAAUUACGUCUGCCUCCCGCCGGCACAGCGUGAGUAACCGAGCAAAUGGCUGAGAGUGACCGCUAAAUAUGAAUGUAAGACACACUGAGCAGGGACAAACGGGCAGGCGCCUAACAACCAAUAGGAUUGCAUUCGCUUGAACCGUUUAUCCAAUCAUCGUCGUGAUUUUAUCUUGUCGACCAAUAGUAACCAGGAAAUGUCGAAGAGGGCGGGUCUUUCCUGUCAUUGAAGAGGUUAUGUGUAUUUUUUGAUAGUAGUUCUCCACACUCAGCGGUUAUGUCUGUUUUUAACAAAAUUAGAAAACUGAUAAAAUAUCUUUGAGCUGCUGCUUUAACUCUGAUGUUUAGGGACACCAUUCUUCGCUUUUAGUCGCUCCUGACACUGACAUAUUUGAAGGUAAAGCAUUUUUUUUAAUAUAAUGUCAAGAACACUGCUUACCUGAAACAGAAGUAGUGAACAAAAACACACAAAUGUAAAUGUUCUUUAUUUUUACAGCCCUUUACAACAACCCUUUCUGUGAACCGAGCUUUACAAUACAUAAAAAUGAAUAAAUAAAAAGAAUAAAAUAAAAUGCAAUAAAAUAAAGUGUCACCACGCUACUGAGUAUUAAAAUCCAGCAUAAAUUAACACAUUUUCAACCAGGAUUUGAAAAGGCCCAGGUCGGAGAUAAGUCUCAUUUUGGUGGGGAUCUUAUUCCAGAUCCUGGGACCAGCGACUGAAAAGGCUCGGUCACCCCAGUGUUUGUGUUUUGACCUGAGCACCUCCAGCAGAAGUGGGUUUGACGACCUCUACCAGGUUCCCAAACUGUUAAAAGCUCAGUUAAAUAGAUGAAGGCGAGGCCGUUAAGAGCUUUAAAAACAAACAUAAAAAAUUUAAAAUCAGGACAGGGGUGAUGUUCUCACGUCUGUUAGUCCCUCUAAUUAUACCCCUAAAGGAGUCUGAUGAGAGGAUCAGAGUUUCAGUUCAGAUCGUUGAAAUGUUUUAGUUUUUCUUUUCAAAAAUACAGCUGUGAAUGUUCUGAAUCACUCAAAGACAUUCUCAUGUAAAAAUGUUGUUUUAUAAAACAGCUUUUUAGCAGUUAUAUGCAAUAAUAUUAAAAAGAAUUAUUGUACCAGUUGAAUAGCGAAUAAUAAAUAUGAAGAAGUGACUGUUAUUUAGGGAGAGAGAAGGUGAGGGAGGGCUGGGGUGGUGGUGGUGGUGGUGGUGGUGGUGGUGGUGGUGGUGGGGGGGGGGGGGGGGGGGGGGGGGGGUCAACUUAUAUGGUCAACUUAUGGGGUAAGUUGACCGUAGGAGACCACCUUUUUUGUCCUGCUAUAUUAUUAAGAUUACGGUUCUGUUUACACUCAUUCUGUUGGUUUGCAGGGAUGAACAACAUCAUGAAAUAUAUGCAGAUAAACUAGUUCGAGACAAAAUUAGGAUUGACUUGAUGGAGUGAUCAUCUUAUCCCACUCUCCUCUACUGAAAAGUCUGACAGAGACCUGGCUGAUAUUUGUCUUCACAGUGUACCACUGGAUUGAGAUGAGAACAAAGAUGCGGAUCAUGGGCUUUCGAGGUUCCACCAUUAAACCACUCAAUGAAGAAUCGGCUGCAGAGCUGGGUGCAGAGCUGCUGGGAGAAGCAAUCAUCUUCCUUGUCGGUGGCGGAUGUAUGGUCCUUGAGUACAGCAGACAGGCGGCCAACUCUCGCCGCAAAGAAGAGGAGCUGAAUGAGACCCUCGUCAGCCUACAGACUCAGCUAGCAGAACUAACAUUAACCACAGAGACUUUAGACGCUCAGUUGAGAGAGGUCAACAGGCAACUGGUGUCCUUUCCUGUCCCCUCAAAAAAAUGACCCUGUUCUUCGCUGUUUGGCGAGGCUGAUGAAACCCCUGCUUGACACUCUCCUUCCUCUUCAUUGAGGUGGUUGAAGAGAAUUUAAGCCGAUCCAUGUUCUGUGGAUUUGGAUGCUGUAAUUAGCUCAUGUUUGAGCAGCUAGCUGUUAAGGGGGAUUGCUAUGAUAUUCAUAGUGUAUUUCUAUGGCUUACUGUGCAUGUUCCAUAUCAAGUUCACCAUGUAUAGAGAUUUACAGUUGAGAGCAGUGGUGGCUUAAAGAAAUAUAUUUUACUAAGACUAACAAUAUUUGGUUGUGUCGUUUUGGUGACCGUUGCAGACAUCAAUCACUCACAAAAUAAUAUUUUUUUUAUGUUCGGGUAUCAUCUCUACUGCUGUGAGUGACUUGACACUUUGUACAGUUCUUGUAAUUGAGUACUCGAUGCUUGAGAAGGUGCAAGAAAACAAAUAUCCACUAACAUCAACAGAUUGUUCUUGAUAUAAAUGGAUAUGUCAUGUUGUAUUUAUACUGUGAAUCCUUGUGUGGUUCAUGCACAUCUGAUGUGAUGAAUUGUAAAAAGAAAAAUGUGUAAAAUAAAAUAAUAUAAAGUCUGUUGUUAGUUGGUG